CGGGCGGGCGCUGAGGCGGCGCCGGGGCGCGAUGGAGCCCGCGGCGCUCGGCCGGCUCCGGCGCCCGCCGCUCCCGCUGCUGCUACCGUGCCGCCGCGGCCAGACGGGCGGCGGAGCUCCGCGUGUGCGCCGCGACCUGUACGAGCUGCUGGGGGUGCCGGCCACGGCGACGGCGGCGCAGAUCAAGACGGCGUAUUACGAGCAGUCGUUCCGUUACCACCCCGACCGCAACGCCGGCAGCGCCGCCGCCGCCGCACGCUUCGCCGCCGUCAGCGAGGCCUACCGGGUGCUGGGCAGCGCCGCGCUCCGCCGCAAGUACGACCGGGGUCUGCUGAGCCCCGAGGAGCUCCGCGACGCCCCGCAGCCCUCGGGCCGCCCGCCCGCCGCCGCCGCGUCCCCGCCGCCGCCGCGGGCCGCCCCCGCCGCCCGGCCCGGAGCCGCCGGGCCGCCCUUCGACUUCGACGCCUUCUACCGGACGCACUACGGGGAGCAGCUGGAGCGGGAGCGGGCGCUGCGGGCGCGGCGGGAGGAGCUGCGGCUGCGGCGGGAGGAGGCGGCGGCGCAGGGGCACCUGCAGCGCUUGGCCGACGUCUCCGGCCUGCUCCUCAUCUUCCUGGGGUUCGCCCUUAUCUACAGCGUCAAGUGACGGCGGGACGGGGCGGCUGCGGCGGGACGGGGCGGCUGCGGCCCGGGGGUGUCCCCUGCGCACGCAGGUACCGAGUGCGGGGCGCACGCUGCCGCGUUUCCCCUCUGCGACCUUCAGGCACCACGCUUGGGCUCUGCUCCUCGGGUUGAGACGUGUCCCUGCUGCCGGUGUCACCUUCAGACACAGCGUGCGAGCUCUGUGCCAGGGGCUGCGGCCCGAGCCCGCUGCCAGCCCAGCCUCGGGCACAAAGCGCAGCUGGCGGGCACAGAACCCGCCUGGUGACGUGACCUCUGCGAGUGCCUCCUGCAGACAGCGUGUGCCCGGUGGAUACCACCCGUGGGCUCAGCUGCCCGGGCUGCAGGGUGCCCCUGCUGCCAGCGUGACCUUGUGGUCAUGAUGCAGGGGCUCCACGGGCUGCCACGUGCCCCCCUCUGCCAAUGCACACAGUGCCCGACAGAGCUGCUGGCUCUCCUGGAGUGAGGGUUUCACCUGUGCUGUGCUGCUGCUUCAUGGAGUGAGGGAAGCUUCGUGGUAUUGAACUCUUAAAGUGUGCCAAAGACCUCAUCUGCAUUGCUACAUCUGCAGAGGGACUGGGGACUCCUGGCAGAGAACAGACUAAGCAUGAGCAGCAGUGUGCCCUCAUGGGCAAGAAGUCAAUGGCAUCCUGGGGGGCACGAGGAAGAGUGUGGGCAGCAGGGUGAGGGAGGUUCUGCUCUGCCCUGCUGAGGCCUCAUCUGGAGUCCUGUGUCCAGUUCUGGGCUCCCCAGCUCCAGAGAGACAGGGAAGUGCUGCAGAGAGGCCAGUGCAGAGCUGCCCAGAUGCUGAGGGGGCUACAACAUGUGUGAGGAGGAAAGGCUGCAGCCCUGGGGCUGCUCAGCCUGGAGGAGACUGAGGAGGGACUUCAUUAACACUUGUAAUUACCUAAAGGGUGGGUGUCAGGAGGAUGUGGUGACACUUUCCUUCUGCAGUGUCCUGCAAUGAGAUGAGGAUUAAUGGGCACAAGCUGGAACACAAGAAGUUCCACUUAAACACAAGGAAACGUUUCUCUGCUGGCACCCAGAGUGAGCUGGUCCCUGUGCCUUUCAGUGUGUGCUCUGGGCACCUCAUGUUGCUGGUUCUUCCUCAGGUCUCCCUGGUGUAUCUUCAACAUUAAAGAUAUCCAGCCAUGAA